AUGCCACUCCCUUUCUUACGUCAGACUGUGGCUCUGGCGGCUGGUACACUCAUGUGUCUCGUCUUCUUUUGUGAGGCAGCUACGAUUCCCGGUGGCAUCCAGCAUCUCCAGACUCACGCCCUUCACUCAAAUGUCACUCUGAUUUUUGGUGGUGUUCCCAUUGACAAUCUUGGACUCAUCGGCAAGAACAAUCAUGCUUCCAACCGUGUCACCGAUGACAACCAGAACGAAGCUUCCACCAGCAGCCUCCCCUCUCGCAUGACCACCUCAAAGGCCGAAGAACACCUCAUGGACUCGUACAUGCGCACCAGUGACGAAGACUUCAAGCCCCAGUGCAACUGGCCGAAGGGCUCCCUCGGUGACAUCUCCAUGUGCAUCGACGCCCUCUCCCGGGUGCCGGAAGUCUGCAGGCCCUGUUCCGUCGCAUUUGCUUAUCGCGGUGAGGAUGUCUACAUCCCAUUCCGGCUCGCUCUGAUUGGGGCCCCGGCGGCGCCCCGCCCGAGCUUCGAGAUCAUCACGGCCCUCGAGUGGAUCAGGGAUCAGUCCCCAGCUGUGAAAGGCCUGAUUGCUACGCCGGUGGCCCAAGGCCGUUGGCAAGAACAACCAGUUCAUCGUCAAGGCCAACGGCAGGAACAGGAAGGACGGCGGUCUCCUGAUGAGUGGGACUCUUGUUCCUGGCCCAGAGGUCCCGUCAGAGCCCUCGUCAACAAAUGCGUAGCCGACCAGCGACGCAACCCCAACAGGCUGUACCAGACGUUGGACUUUAUUGAGAUUUGCCGUGUCGAGGGCUCUGAGAUGGACGCGGAGGGCAGAGUCGAAACACUUCAGAUUAACGGAUUCGUCAAGGAGGGCGCUGCCUGGGCGGAGGCCAGCGGCACAGACAUUCUCGAGGCCCUGGACUGGAUGCGCGACCGGUGCUCGACGUGCCGCGCCGCGCGGGACGACUGCUACGUUGGCGGCUUCAGGGCUGUUGGGCCCCAAGAUGACUUUAUCGUACAGGUCGUUGGCGGCAAGAAGGAAGAUCGACUUGCAGCUCGCGAUGCCGGCGAAAAGUUGACAAGCGCCACAAAAGAACUCGCCAGGUACAUUCCCGAUAGGGAACUUGUCAACAUCGGAGCCAAAAAGGCUCAGGCUGACGUGUGCACUUGGCCUCGCGGGCCCAUGACUUCGGUUCUCGAAUGCAUGGACCAGAUGAAGGUUGAUCCGGAAAAGGUGUUCAAGACCACUGACUGGGUCAGGAUCUGCCGCAUCCAAGGAGACGAAGACCGCCACAUGCUGAGCAUUUAUGGUUACGCCAGGGAUGGUCACGCCGAUGGUGAGGCCACGGCCGACGAGGUGUACCAGACGUUGCGCUGGGCCAAACGUUACUGUACGAGUUGCCAUGAACCUCACAAGAAUUGCUAUGUUGGCGGCUGGUGGCUCACGGGCAAAAAGAAGAACAUGGUCGUUGAAAUCAUGGGCAGCGCCCCACACAAGGAUGCUCGCUCUCUAUUCCUAGAUGCUGGCAAAGACGCCAACCUUCAGAGCCUUUCUCCCGCCACUCCUACCAUCGAAGCUGUUUCCUUCAACGAGACUCCUACGAACGACAGGGCAGGCAAGGGACAAGACGACACCCCAACCUCUCUCAACAAGCCCAUCAUCUACAAGUACAACGACCUCACGAGCAACACGACGCAGUACCUCUUUGGCCCCAACCGUGAGCCGCUCGAAGCCACAACGAACCUCACCUGGUCCGACGUUCAGCAAGCUGCCUCGGCCCUGACGCCCACCUCUCGCGUCGCCUACGAUGCCCAGCUUCUGAGCGCCGACGCCCUCAACCCGUCCCCCGAGUGCCACGCGAACCAGGUCCCGACCAACGGUACUUACGCCCAGGCCUGUCUCGACUUUCUGUGGGCAAACCGUGACAACACGUGGGACAUGCCUAAAAAGACGGAGGUGGACAUCUGCGCAGUGCAGGUGCAGACCGUACGCGCCGGGGAGGACGGAAAAGGAGAGGCUUGGCAGGACGUGUUCCGCAUGUACGCAACAACAUGUGCGUGCCGAAAGGGGCUGAAGCUCCAGGCUGGUGCCGCCGCUGCGGGUUUGCAGAGGCUCAUGGACACGUGCAGUCACUGCAACGACGGGGGCAUGUGUCAGGUUGGCGCAACACUGCAGUUUGAGGGUAACCUCGAGUUGAAGUUACAUGUUGUGUCGUACAGCGAGAAGGUUGGAGAGCCUGCUGCGAUGGCGGCAUGA